AUGGGGCCAAAAAAAGGGAGUACUAACGAGGAUACUGCAAAUAGUUGGCGAACAUAUAUAGAGGAAGCUUUACUGGACGAUGAGCAAUGGAAAGUAAAAGUCAUAUUAAUUGAAGCUGCGGGUGGUGAUCAAGAUCGCAUUUAUCUUAACAAAUUUGAAGUUUUUGCUGCACAAGAACGACGAUUUGUAAUUAAGAACAUUUGUAAAACUGAAACAAUAUUUAUGGUGAACCAGCUGGGAAGUGAAAAAAAAGUAAAGGAUGAAAGUCUCAGAGUAUUUGAAGAAGGGCAGUCCUAUAUCAAAGAAAAAAAGGAGAUACCUCCUGAUGUAUUGGCACUUAUAAUUAAACAUCUUAUUUUGAAGAUGAAAGAAGAAUAUUUAUAUAUUAAACGUCAAAGAUUACAAGUAAGAGAUGGAAUGCGAAGGGAAUCUCAAACAAUGGUUAAUAGAGCUGAAGUUAGAGGAACGGUAAGCGUUAAACUAUCUGAGCCCACACCUGAUCUGCCUAAGGGCAAGGGUAAAAACGAAGUCCCUGAGGAACCUGAGCUUUUAGAUACAGAUGAAGGUAAAAAAUAUAGUACAUUACUGCGUGUACGAGGUGAGGAGUGGAGAGAUAAAGUAUAUGUGGAUGAUUAUCCCACCGAUGGACCAAAUUUAUACGUUGCCAUAACAGGUUUUGUGGAGCCCUAUUUAGCACAAAAUUUAAUUAAAAUUGGAAUACCACUAACUGCUGUUAUCCAGGUUAGGAUAGACACCUCAGCGGUAACCGUACCUUCAGGCUUACUUCGGGCUACCAAAAGGGGACAAAGUCAGACAGAAUUAUUAAUGGAAAAGUCACUUAAAUUUUGGGAUACUGUUCAAGAAUUAAGAAUACAUAAGAGUUCUUCUGAGUAUUAUAAUAAUACUGCUUUUAUAGUAUUUUCUCCUCCUUACUGGGGUAAUGAAGAUCUAUCCGGUACACCUGAAAAAAUUUAUGAUGAGUUAUGCUAUCUCAUGUAUGACAUUCAAGACUUGAGCAGACAACACAACCAUUACAUAGAAAAUAUGGAUAUAAUAAAUAUUCCUGAAGAAGAUAUUGAUGAACGUUAUAUUAAUUGUUACAAAAGACAGAUUGAAGACUUACCAUUAGAAUGUGUGACUGUAUAUUCGCUUUUAGACAGUAUGUUACAAACUGUGUGUAAAUAUUUUGAAGAAAAUAGCAGCAAUACAUCCCUUACUAUAAUAAAUGUUACGGAUGAUGCAGUUAAUGCAAACGAUAAAAAUGAAAAAGCAGAAAGACUGGUUAAUGAUAUGUUUAAUGUCCUUUGCAGUUCUGAAAAUAAAAACAAGUCGUAUCGUUUAACAUAUGGGGAAGAAUAUGAGAAUCUUAAAAAUCCUACUAUAAUAAAUUAUGGCGAUAUUGCUAAAUAUAAUACAUUUCACCUAGGAAAUCUAAAUUUACAUAACAUUAUACGGUCAAUGUUAAUAGGAAUGCCCAUAAAUCAAUUGUGGAAUAAUUAUGAACGUAUCAAUGAGGAAUUAGAGGCUAAAAUAAAUUUCCAUGUUAAUUUGUUGCUGUCCUGUUUUAAGAGAAGUGAUAUUGAAACAGCAGAAUUAAAUAGAUUAAUUCAUAUAUUAGCCUGUCGUAAAUUAUAUGAUAACAGAAGUUCAUUAAAAAAGACACACCUACCCGAAUCAACUAUAACUGAAUUUAAAAAAGUUUAUCUUAAACGUAGCAUCCUUGCUGAGCCACUUUCCAAGUCGCCUUCUUUACAUCAUAAUUUAAGCUCUAUUACUCGUUUAGUGCCAUCUAUCAUAAAAAGCACAGAGGAUAAUAUACAAAGUGACGACGAAAGUACCAGUGUUAGAUUUUUGUUUCAAUGUCCCGAUAUUAGUGAACUGAUAUCAACAGCAGAAAUCUCGAGUGGAAAACCAAAAGAUCAUUUCAUUCGUGAGUAUGAAUAUUUUGAAGAGUUCAGUGGAAUUAACGCAUUUCAAAUCAUGUUGGAUUCAUAUAAUCGUUAUAACUGCGUUGAUUACAAAUAUUGUGAGGUAACUGAUUGUCUCAUAAUGAUGUUCUUUAACAGUCAUGAUGAAGAUGGAAUAUCAAGAGAUGAAUGGCGUUGUCAUAUAUCAACUCCUUUAUGUUUACAAGAUUUCUUUGAUUUUGUGCUAGAAGAACAAUAUAGUUGGAUUCAAAAAGAAGAAAAGAUCUACGACGCUAAUAUUAUGUUCAAAUCGUGCUCGCUAAUUAAGGAUCUAAAUGAAGGCUUGGCUACACAUUCAUGCUUAGAAAAUGCUGAAGUACAUAAGGAACUCUUAAUGGAGGGAUCACUAAAACAUGCAGAAUUUACUCAUGUAGAAGAAGAGUCUUCAGAGGAGAUGGUAAUACAAAGCACCGUGUUAAAAAAAUUUAAAACACCAUCACUCACUGACAUUGAAUCUAAAGCAAGUAAAAGAACUAAAUCCGUUACGGGUUCAACUCCCCGAAUAAAAAGACAGAGCAUGGUUUCUACUAGUGACCGAUCUGAAAAAAACGAUGUUUUACGGAAAUCAUUUGUAGGGUAUGACUUAGGCAACCGGAGGCUUGAGGUCUAUGGAAAAGAUUCUACAUAUUUCGCUAAAGAUGGCACCAAAAUAUUUUCUAAUUACAAUUUAUUGAUUCCAAUGAAUUUAGAAAACGUUUCACUAAGGGUUAAAUCAGGAAAUGAAAACAGUGAGUUUUGGAUACAUAAGGUUAUAGGCGAUCAAUUAAAUAACAAGGUAAUUGAUGCAUGCGAAUCAUUUCGGAUUGUAUCGAAAGGUAACCUAAGUAUAUAUGUCCAGAAGCAAACUUAUGAAAUCAAUCUUCCAAUUUUGGCAAUAACUUCCGAAGAUGAACAUAAGGAUAAUUCAAUCAAAUUAAGCAAUAAUUGUUCUACUUUCAAAGCCGCCCUGACUGACUUCGUUGAAACACAAAGUUUCUAUUCAAUUUCUGUGACUUGGCCUAAUGGACUUAUUACUGAAACAGUUCAUGAAAAGAAUUCGUCUAAAAUAUCCCAUAUUAAACAAUUUUUUAUUACUAAUCCUUCAGGUAGUGAAGAGGAGAUGCGGUGUAUAAGUUUAAAUGGAGAGGUAAUUGUUUUUAAAACUAACGGCGAUAUAGAAGUUUUGCGACCCGACGGAAGUUACAUUAAAAUAACUAAAUGUGAAAAACGGGUAAUAUGUACAGAACAUGAUGAUGAUUUUAACAGCGACACCAGCUCCGAUAAAAAUAAGAAAGGUAAAAGUAAAGAGAAAGGAAAACCGAGCAAAUCAUCACCAAAAUCAUCCAAAAAAGACCCUAUGUCAGAUAACAAAGAAAUGGAGGAUAUACCGCCAGAAUACGAGCUAGUUAUACAUGAAUUUGAAACAAUUCAUACGAAUGGUCUAAGAGAAAUGUGGACGAAUAAUACAAAUACCACCAUUGAACAAUUAAUUAUCAGAACAGCUACGGAUUACUGUCUUGGUGAAAUUUUUUCGAGGCGAAUGGAUGGAACUCAUAUUUUAUUAAAUAAAGACGGUGUUCAGAUUGUUACCUUUCCCAAUAAAACUCGUAUAAUUACCAAAUAUUUCAUAGAACCAGAAGAAAUAUAUCCAGAAUGGACUGGAGAAGAGCUGGAAUAUUUGGCAAUGCUUAACGCAGAAACUAUGGAUAUUGAAAGUGUGAAAUCUAAAAACUCUGUUAGAUCGAACGUCAGUGAAAGCUUUGAUUGUGAAAAAGCCGAGGAUCUUAAUGGUGACCUGCCUGAAAAACCAAGAAGUGAUGGUUAUAUUUCAGUUCAAAUACAGAUUACAGUGGAACAUCCAAUAUAUACUACGGUAACAAUCAAUAGAUCUAAUUACGACAUUACUAUUGAUUCGCCUAAUGACACAAGUAUUUCUUUGACAGCUGACCAUAACUAUAAAUUUCUCCUAGAUAAUGCCACCAAAGCUGAAUUCAAUGGAAAAAACUUGGACAUAACUUAUGAAUCAUGUCCAGAAUGUUUGUCGAAAACUACAUGCAUGAUAAAAAUAAAAUCUGAUGACUUAUGCAGUGCCACUAAAAUUAAUCGGUAUUGGCUAAGAAUGGAAGAUUGUUCAGGAAAAAAAAUUAUAGUAAACGAGGAAGGCAAUAUUAGUAUACGAAAUGAUAUUGGAUCUUCCGAAGAAGUAAUUGGAGUUCAUGAAACAUAUCACGACGAUGAAUCUACAGGUUCAAAUAAUAAGUGUGUAGAAAAGAAAAAUGUAAGUUCUUCAGUAGUUCAGCAAAAAUGUAAGGAUAUAGGUAAAGAAGACCUGAGGUUCUUUGUUCUCAAACGUGACUUGGGAUGCAGCGAACUAGUGUCUCGAGCUCAUGUGGAUAGUUAUAAGAAAGAAUGCCAGUGGCAACCAUGGUGCUCUAUUAACCGUUAUGAUACUUUCGGCGAUAAUCGUAGUCUUUUGUCAAUGUUGACCCCAAUCCAUCGGACAGAGACGGAGAAAUGGCUGAUGGAGUCUAAAUAUGCAGAUAAGCCCACAUACCUAACAUAUAAAGAUUUAAAGAAAGAUUGUGGCAAGGGUUUUUAUCAUUGGAUGCGCCCCUUUGGUCGGUUUCACCCAAAACCAAGGAAACCAGACCCUGUAUUACCCAACAGAUUGCCGUUGGCCUAUGUGUUUAGGAUACUUGAACAGCAGUGGAAAGAAAAGGAUAGAGAAAAGUUGAGUGGUGCGAAGGAGCUUCUAUACGCCAUCCUAAAAUACCGCCACGCAAUAGAGUUUGAUAGCGAGCAAAUACUCAACAUACCCAUUGUGGACUUCCGAUCUGAACAACAUAGGAAAACCGAAAACCUUAUUCAAACCAUAGCUCAUCGAAAUUACGAAGAACUUCGAAUGAAACUGUUAGAGGACGUGCAAAGUCGAGCAAAAGCAUCUCUAACUACAAAGCCAUUGAAGAUACAGGAGGAAAUAUCUAUAGAAGAAGAGGCUGAAGAAGAAGCAUCAGAAAAACCAAGUGAAGAAGGAGAACAGAAGAUACAAGAAAUGGAUAACGCUGCUGAAAUAAAUACCAACCAACAGCGGUACUGGAGGCGGCGCGCAGAAGAAUACAAAGAGGAGCAGUUCUACAAAUACCUUCUGCGCGAAGGUAGCGUCCCACCAUAUUUUCGCAACUUGCUCGGUGGUGCCAUUUGGUGGGAGAUGAACAAUGCAGCAGAUGAAGCAGCUACCGUAGCUGAACGGCGUCGGAUGAAAUGCGUAUGUCCGGCUGAACAGGAGAGUGAAUCUGAUAAGCCCUUGACAUAAUUUAAUUAUACUAAUAA